CAGCCGGUAAACAAUGACAUUUAGUGUCAAAAUGAAAUUUAAAGCGAAAGAUCUUUGUUCAUUUUGGAAACGCAUUCUUGUAAUUUGAUCAAGUGAAAAAAAAAAGAAGUAUAACAUUUAUUAAGAAGUAUAAGUCAAAUGAUCAAAUGAUUUAGAAUGAAUCAGAGAAGUGAAACUGAGGCCAAGAUUCAAUCGAUGAUAACAUCUGCCCUGAAUCUUUUGCCUGAUCCACAAAGUGAAGGUGCGGCUGCAAUUGGAUCGCUUCUUUCGGCUGGAGCCGCUUCACUUUUUUCUUCGGGACCAGAUCGGCAAAGAAGUCAAAGAAGUGGAAGUAGCACAGUUACAAAAGUUGUGGCAACAGCUGCAGUUGGUGCUGCGAUUGGGUAUGCUUUGUAUAAGUAUAACGAACUACAACCAAAUGAACGGGUUCAAAGUCGACAAAUCGAAAAUCGACAUGUUAAAAUCGAAGAAAUUGAAGAUGAUGAAAGUGAAGAUGACGUUAUUUCAAAUCGAUCAACAUCGCAAUCUACCUCAUCCGGAUCGAAUUUCGAACCAUUUUCGAGAGACUCGAAAUUUCAUAUUGUUGACACUCUCCAAGAAUGCCGACGUGUUGUGAAAGAGCUAAGAUUGCAUUGCAUCAAAUACAAGGUGCUAGGUAUUGGCUUCGUACUGAUGAAUAGUAGCGAUAACGAUAGAAAAGAGAUUGCAUUACUACAACUAGCCUCUUAUCAUAAUAAUGUGUGUGGCGUUUUUCAUUUGUCCAAACUAAAGCACAUUCCGAUCGAAUUAGAGGAUUUAUUACAAGAUGUAAACAUUAUAAAAGUUGGCGAAAACAUAAUCUAUUUGAAGUCAUUGUUAGAAUAUCGCGGCGAAAAUAUUGAAAGUAUAGUUAAUUUGAGAGACGUGGCUCUUUUGACAUCUGAUCUUUCCUCCGCCUUUCCUUAUCUUUCACCGUAUGAUGACCUUCGACUGGAAAAAAUGUCCAGCGACUAUUUGGGGGUGUCAUUCGAUGAAAGUAUUCAAAACUCGAAUUGGAAUGCAAUGACAUUGUCAAAGGAACAAAUUUAUUAUGCUGCACAGAGGGCACUUGUUGCUAUUGAUUUGUUUAAAUACUUUGCGCAAAUAUUGAAACCAACAGAAUCAUUCGAAAAUCAGUAUGAUCACAUAAAAUGCAUCAUCGCCAAUCACAAUUGUGUUGAAAAUCAACAAAUUGUAAAUCCACCACCAAUUCUAACGACAGGAGCACCGCCAAUUUUAUCACCAAUUGAAAAUCAACAGUCCAAGAAACGAUCCAUCAAAAAGAAACCAAACAAAAACAAUCCAAACGAAAAACGGGAUGAUUUUCUAUCACAAUCAAUUCCAUUCCGAUCAAAUUCGAUCCACGAAUUUCCGGAUGAUUCAAAAAUUUAUGUGGUUAACACUAUACUCAAGUGUCGAUAUGUAACGAAAGAGCUCCAAUUGCAUUGCGAUAAUAUGCUUGGUGUUGACUUCGAACCGGUAAGCAGUUGGGGCGAUGGCAGCAAAGAGAUUGCAUCAUUGCAAUUGGCUACUCGUCGUGGUCUUUGUGCCAUCUUUCGUUUGAAGGAAUUGAAACAUGUUCCGUUGGAGCUACAGAAAUUAUUGAAUAGAACCGAUAUCAUAAAAGUUGGCGGCAACUUGUCUACUCUGAAAAAAUUAUUACAUGACAAUUAUGAUGAUCAUGUUACAAGUACAUUUGAUGUGCGCUAUAUGCGUGAUAUGGCCGGCUUUUCGUUUUCCGGUGGACUGGAAAAGAUGUCGAAUAAAUAUUUGGGAGUGUCAUUCGAGAAAACAAUUCAAAACUCGAAUUGGAAUGCAGCGACAUUGUCUGAAGAACAAAUUCAAUAUGCUGCUGAGAAGGCACUUGUUGCAGUCGAAUUGUUCAAAUAUUUUGCUAAAAAAAUCGAAGCAGAUGACUCCUUUCAAAAUGAGUCUGAACACCUUAAGUAUAUCAUCGAUAUCCACGUACGGAAAUUGUUGAAUAUUAACUACGAGAAAAACAUGAAGAUUAAGCCACAAACGAGAGGUCAAAAGAACAAGAUCAUGUCAUCCGUGUUGAAGAACCAGAUCGUUGGAAGCGGAAAUAUUUGGGAAACUAAUACUUCUGACGACCGAAGAGUAUAUGAGCAUCCAUUGAAACAAACCGAGCGCGAAACACCCAUCGCACAUUCGCGAAUCUAUGAAUCUGGCGAAUAUUUGGCAAAUCUAUUACUUGGUCAUCACUUGCAAUUCGAUUUGUCGAUUUGCUUUUUGGCAAUCAUUUUGAAAGUGACUAUAUUCAUUUUGAAUUUAUUUUUUUAACUUUAAUAUUGAUUUCGAAAUUACGCAUAUACCACCCAUUUUAUUGACUUUUUAUACAAAUA